UCAAGUCACCUCUCCCUGGAGGCUCAAAGUGGACUUUCAGGGCCCUUUUAUGCUGUGAAGUUAGCAUAACUAACUUCAGGUGCCAUCUUCUACCACACGGCAGGACUGCUAAAAAGAAAAAAAAGGCACCCCAAACUCAGCACGUAUAUAACAUCACCCCAUCCUCAAAACCUUGAACUGUGUCGAGUCAAAGAAACUCAGGGCAAGUCCUUACCAUGCAGUAUUUCAUGGCAGUAAACCCUCAGUCAUUCUCCACUCCAAGCUGGAAGGUUGAGACCAAGUAUUCGACCAGAGUGCUCACUGGAAACUGGGUGGAGGAGAGGAGGAAGUUCACUAAAGCCACUGAGAACCCCCAGAGCAUUUACAGAAAAGAGUACGUUCCCUUCCCAGGCCACAGACCCGACCAGAUCUCCAGGUGGUACAGCAAGAGGAGAGUUGAGGGGCUCCCGUACAAACACCUGAUCACCCACCACCAGGAGCCCUCGCACCACCAUCUGAUCAGCACCUAUGAUGACCAUUACAACCGGCACAACUAUAACCCGGGCCUACCCCUCCUCCGCACGUGGAAUAAACAUAAGUUGCUGUGGCUCCCAGAGAAAGCCGACUUCCCCCUGCUUGCUCCGCCUACAAACUACGGACUCUAUGAGCGCUUGAAGCAGCGAUGGCUCCCACCACCCGAGGCCACCCUGAGGGAAAGCAUGUACACUUGCUCCUACCCCAGACCACCGUCAGGUGCUAUGUCCCGGCGGGAGCAUGCGAUUCCGGUGCCUCCCCCUCGCCUGCAGCCGGUCCCACGCUUCUGAGACUUGCCACCCACCCAGCACAGGGGGAAUCACCUGGAGACCCACUCCACCUGCAGAGUUUUUAACCCAGCCCAUCUUGGGGGCCCUUGGGAUCCCCAAACACAAAUCAUGAUCUGUGUUUUAUGGUUCCUGCACCUCCUCCCAAUUCACAGAUGCCUUUCUUUUCCAGCCCACAAA